CCCUCCUCGCCGGGCCGGCACGGCCUGGGGGCCUUGGCUGCCGCGCUCCUCCCGGAGGAGUCUCCGGCGCCCGCGCUCUCCGCAGACACCAUGAGGCCCGCGGUGCGGGGUCCGGCCGUGAAUGAGGAGGACGAGGAGAGCUCGGACAGCACGCCUCUCCUGCAGGCCGCCGGGCCCGCCGAAGCCGCCCCAGUAUGCUGUUCUGCUCGUUACAACUUAGCGGUUUUGUCCUUUUUUGGUUUCUUCGUCCUCUAUGCAUUACGUGUGAAUCUGAGUGUUGCACUGGUGGAUAUGGUAGAUUCAAAUACAACCACAGCAGACAAUCGAACUUCCCAGGAGUGUGCCGAGCACAGUGCCAUGAUAAAAGUCCUUCACAACCGAACGGGUAAAAGGUAUCACUGGGAUGCAGAAACUCAAGGAUGGAUUCUCGGCUCCUUUUUUUAUGGCUACAUCAUCACACAGAUUCCUGGAGGAUAUGCUGCCAGCAGAGUAGGCGGGAAACUGCUGCUGGGAUUUGGGAUCCUAGGCACUGCCAUCUUCACUCUGUUCACUCCCCUGGCUGCGGAUUUAGGGGUUUUAACCCUGGUUAUAUUGCGAGCACUAGAAGGCCUGGGAGAGGGUGUUACAUUUCCAGCUAUGCAUGCCAUGUGGUCCUCUUGGGCUCCGCCUCUUGAAAGAAGCAAGCUUCUUAGCAUUUCAUAUGCCGGAGCACAGCUCGGGACAGUAGUUUCACUUCCUCUUUCUGGACUAAUUUGCUACUAUAUGAAUUGGACUUAUGUAUUCUACUUUUUUGGUUUGGUUGGAAUAGUUUGGUUUAUUUUGUGGAUCUGGCUAGUUAGUGAUACACCAGAAACUCACAAGACAAUCUCCCCUUCUGAAAAAGAGUAUAUUCUUGCAUCAUUAAAAACUCAGCUUUCUUGCCAGAAGUCAGUACCAUGGAUGUCUAUUUUAAAAUCACUGCCACUUUGGGCCAUUGUUGUUGCACACUUUUCUUACAACUGGACUUUCUAUACUUUACUGACAUUAUUGCCUACUUAUAUGAAGGAUAUCCUCAGAUUCAAUGUUCAAGAGAAUGGUGUUUUAUCUGCGUUGCCUUAUUUUGGCUGUUGGUUAUGUAUGAUCCUGUCUGGUCAAGCUGCUGACACCUUAAGGGUAAAAUGGAAUUUUUCUGCUUUAAGUGUUCGAAGAAUUUUUACCUUUAUAGGCAUGACUGGACCUGCCAUAUUCCUGGUAGCCGCUGGGUUUAUAGGCUGUGAUUAUUCCUUGGCUGUUGCAUUCCUAACUAUAUCAACUACGCUGGGAGGCUUUUGUUCUUCAGGGUUCAGCAUCAACCAUCUGGAUAUUGCUCCUUCGUACGCUGGGGUGCUGCUGGGUAUCACCAACACCUUCGCCACCAUCCCGGGCAUGAUCGGGCCCCUCAUCGCCACCAGUCUGACCACACACAACACUGUUACCGAGUGGCAAAUCGUUUUCUAUAUCGCUGCUGUCAUUAACGUGUUCGGUGCUGUGUUCUUUAUGGUGUUGGCCAAAGGUGAAGUGCAGAGCUGGGCCCUCAGCGAUCAACAUGGACACAGAAACUGAAGAAGCCAAUAAAGAACCCUGUCCCCAGUGGUGGAUUUUCAUUUAUCAUGUAACCUGAAAGUGCCUUUGAUAUUUCAAUGUGUAAGCAUUCUACAUACAAAAGAAAAUGUACCUGUGAUAGUUUUUUAAGGUUAGUAAUCAGGAAAUGUCACUAGUUGCCAGAUGAGUAAAAUGAGCAAUUUUUAAUUAAUAAUAAUAAAUAAGCUGAACCUCACAAAUAUGGCUCCAAGACAGGGAGCCGGAAGUAGGGGCAACCCUUAAGGGAAUGAGCUGAAAUGGACCCCAAGUUCUCUGGCUUAAAUAAACCAGAUGAUAACUCCUAGAUCUUAGAGCAAACCCACUCUUGUUCACUUUUCUCGCAAAAAUGAGGUAUCCGCUCUCCCCGACAAACCUGAGCUGCCAGCACCGCACAGGGAGGCGUGCGGGGCCGAGGGCUGCCUGCGGAGCCGAGCCCCCGACUCCACGCUCCCGACCCCUGGUGACGCCCAGAGCACGCGGAAGCCAGCGGCCUGGCCGGGCGGGCGGGGGACCCCGCGUCCCCGCCCCAGGAAAGGAAGAAAUAGCGCCACUGGAUUACAGCCACUUUCCCAUAGGUGAGAACACAAACUAACAAAUUCCAUUUUUUUGAGAUACAGUCAUAAUGAAGAAGAAAACAAAACAACUCAGUUUUUUUCUUCAGCCUGCCUUCAUUUAAGAUGCCAUGACUUUGAGGCCUGGGGGUGUAGCCUAGAAAGAAUUAACGUGGCCUCCAGAGGUGAGGUGCGUGUAACCGCCUUCACUGUGGGAUGUGCACGUUGUGUUUUUCCACUUGCGUCUCCUGACCCGUCUCUUGGUGGGUGUUCAAAGGCAGUGAGUGGGGCGUAGUUCUGGUAUAGCUCUUGUCUAUCAUGCACAAGGCCCUGGGUGCAAUCCCCAGCACUCAAAGAAGAGAGAGAGAGAGAGAAAGUAGAUCAAACUGGUUUGUUUUGUUUGUUCAACACUACCUGUAUUGUCUCAACUAAAAUCUAUUUAAUGUAACAUGAUGUGAAUACAUUGACGUAAAUUUAUUUUUAAAUUUGUAAAUAGAAAUUACAUUGCUAUGGUGAUGUUUCUUUUAUAAAUCAUCGAAAUAAACCUUUUUGGGUUGAUCUUUGGA